AUCGAAAUUUGAAACAGCAGAAAAGUGAUGUGUCCUGCUGUCUGCACUACCAAAACGUCUUAUGGUCCCACAUCCACUCGAAUAAGAUGACAAGCGUUUUCAACUUAAAACUGGAUAUCACCACAGGUGAUAAAAAAUAAUCCAGACAAAGACUGGUUUUGGGAAAGCAGGCAUGCGACUCAUUGUCUGCUCUUUGCUGAUCUCUCUCUCUCUCUCUCUCUGAAGGUAAUUUUUUUCUGGGGAAGCAGUUUCAACCAGUAAUGGUGGUCCAAGAUUUUCUUCUAUUUCUUAUUUAUUGCAUAUUUUGAUGAAUUACAGUUGCUGUUGUUUUCAUCGUAUGUAUUAGCUAAUUUGUUUUGGUUUGUGACGGUUGGGAGUAGAAGAAGAAAAUUGAGUGGGAGGAGGAAGUGAAAAAUUGUAUUUUUUUUUUGGGGUGGACUUAACUAGUGACAUAGUGAUUGUGUGGCCUGAAAGUCUGAUUUAUGGAACAAGGUUUGGGCUCGGCGUCUGCCCCUACUUCUGGCCAUAUCGAUAAGUCUAGGGUUUUAAAUGUUAGGCCAUUGCGAUGUGUUGUUCCAAUAUUCCCAACUUCACCUGAUGGGUCUCCAUUUUCAAAUCCCCAAGCUCCCCCCUUUAUGUGUGUCCCUCCAACCGGUCCUUUCCCAGCUGGGACUGCACCGUUUUAUCCUUUUUUUGUUCCAAAUGAUUCUCAAAGACCAAAUGAACAGAAUCCACAAACCCCAAUUGCUGUACCCAACCAGACAGGGCCUCAUGGUUUUAAUAACCCAAUACCAUCACCUGUUCCCCUGAAUUCAUUUAGAACACCAAUGGCACAAGUCCCAUCCCAGUACUCAGGGGCAGGAAAUGGAGGCACGGGGCCAUCAAAGAGGAGAUCCAAGAAUUGUGCUGCAGACGAAGAUGGUUAUAGUGACUCCCAGAAUACUAGCUUUAGUAUGCAUGCUACUGAUGUAGAAGAUACCAGCAACGGGGGCAGGCCAAAGAGAUCCCAGAAGAAGGCAAGGAAGGGCCAACAUGUCAACUUGUCUACACGUGGUGUCGACGUUGACUCAAUAGUUAAUAGCCUUGUUACAUCAUGUGGUCUAACAGGAUUGGAUAUUGUUAAAUGCACUGAUGGCGACAAGGAGUUGGUUGGACGCGUACUUUUGGGUUUUGAUUUGCUACGAAGAAGGUUAACCCAGGCUGAAGAUGUGAAGCAGGCAAGUCCAGGGGUUACAAGACGUCCAGACUUGAGAGCCGGUACAAUCUUGAUGACUAAAGGGAUCCGGACAAAUACCAAGAAAAGGAUUGGAGCUGUACCUGGGGUUGAAGUCGGGGAUAUUUUCUUUUUUAGGAUGGAAUUGUGCUUGGUGGGAUUACAUUCUCCAAGUAUGGCUGGUAUAGAUUACAUGGGUGCCAAGCUCACUGUAGAUGAAGACCCAUUGGCUGUCAGCAUUGUUUCAUCUGGAGGCUAUGAGGAUGAUGGGGAGGAUGGGGAUGUUUUAAUUUACAGCGGUCAGGGUGGAGUUCAAAGGAGAGAUAAGCAAAUGAUGGAUCAGAAACUUGAAAGGGGUAAUCUUGCAUUGGAAAAGAGCCUGCAUCGGGCAAAUGAUGUAAGGGUCAUUCGGGGUGUCAAGGAUUUUGCGAAUUCACCUGGGAAGAUAUAUGUCUAUGACGGCCUCUAUAGAAUCCAGGAGUCAUGGGUGGAUAAAGGAAAUUCUGGCUGCAAUGUUUUUAAAUACAAAUUGGUCAGAGAACCUGGUCAGCCGGAAGCAUUUACAAUCUGGAAACAGGUUCAGCAAUGGAAGGAUGGUUUUAUUUCUAGGAAUGGGGUUAUCCUGCCAGACCUUACUUCAGGGGCUGAAUGUCUUCCCGUUUCUCUUGUAAACGAUAUUGAUGGUGAAAAAGGGCCUGCUUAUUUCACAUAUCUUCCUAUUCUCAGAUACUCGAAACCAUUUCUUUCACCCAAACCUUCUUUGGGCUGCACUUGCCUAGGUGGAUGCCAACCUGGUGACUCCAAUUGCCCUUGCAUCCAAAAGAAUGGAGGCUAUCUCUCUCAUUCGUCACUUGGGGUGGUUCUGAGUUACAAAUCUUUAGUACACGAGUGUGGUUCUUCCUGUUCUUGCCCUCCUAACUGCCGGAAUCGAGUGUCUCAAGCAGGUUUGAAAGUCUGUCUGGAGGUGUUUAAAACGAAGGAUAGAGGUUGGGGACUUAGGUCUUGGGAUCCCAUCCGUGGGGGAAGUUUUAUUUGUGAGUAUGCAGGAGAAGUCAUUGAUAUGUCGACGCUCGAGAAGCUUGGGAGUGAAAAUGAAGACAAUUAUAUUUUUGAUGCUACUCGGACAUACGAGCUGGGGGAAGCUGUGCGUGCAGGUUCUGAUGAGUCCAUGGAAGUCCCUUUUCCUCUUGUUAUAACUGCCAAACAUAAUGGGAAUGUAGCUCGUUUUAUGAACCAUAGUUGUUCUCCAAAUGUGUUCUGGAAGCCAGUUUUGUGCGAAAAUAACAUGGAAUCAUAUCUCCAUAUUGCAUUUUAUGCAAUCAGACACAUUCCUCCUAUGCAAGAGUUGACAUAUGAUUACGGGAUAGUUCAGUCUGACACACCAGGCCAGAGGAAAAAAUGCUUGUGUGGAUCGUCCAAAUGCAGAGGCUAUAUUUAUUAAUAGUUUACAGUGGACUUUGCUGAGGAGGGAACUUGCUAUCUAAUGCCCAUGGAAAAAGGGCUAAUCAAUGCAAAGUAUGAAGGUAUACAUGAAAUCAGUUGAUCGGUAGUUGACGGCAGGCGCUUCAGGUGAAACGGAUGUAUCUGCAUCAAUAGAUAGCCUCAAAUAUGCUAGCAGUCCAGAAUUAGUUGAAAUGAUAAUUUCAACACUUUUGUGACGACUGUAGCAUAUGGGCAGACAAAAAACUUAUGCUAUUUAUGUAGGUUGUAAGUGUACUACUACUAGUAUGGUUGAAUUGUAGCAUGCAACUCUUUGAGGCAGAGCUUUUGUU